UAAUAUAAGAGUAGCUCACUUCUCUACAGCACUAGCUAUGGAGAUGGAUGGCAUUUACACUGGGCUGCAGAAGCCCUCGGAGGAUGUCUACUCAACAGUAAACCAACCCCAGGGGAGGAGAGCAGGAGCAGAACAGGGUGUCUCCACUGCUGGUAAAGCUCCUCCAUACAGAUGGGCUGCAUUGGUCCUGGCAGGGCUGUGCACUCUCUUAGUGGCUGCCAUUAUAUUCCUCUCAGUCUACAUUACUAACUUCCGGGCCAAGAACCUCGAACUCCAAUCCCAGUUUUCAGAACUGGAAAGGAACUACACCAACAUGUCUGCCACAGUUACUAACUUCCAGACCAAGAACCUCGAACUCCAAUCCCAGUAUUCAGAACUACAAAGGAACUACACCAACAUCUCUGCCACAGUUUCUAACUUGACGGUGGAGAGAAAUCAAAUCCAAUCCUGGUAUUCAGAACUGGAGAAGAACUACAGCAACAUCUCAAAGAAAUACUCAGCACUGGACCAGUACUGUCCCAUCGUAGACACCUCUUCCAAGGAGCGAGUUUGUAAAUCCUGUCCACAGAACUGGGAGCUGUUCAAUGGCAAGUGUUACUACUUCUCCACUGAUAAAAUGAACUGGAACUCCAGCCGUGAUAACUGCACAUCACUGGGGGGGCACCUGGUGAUUAUAGAGAGCGAUGGAGAGCAGAAAUUCCUAUCGGAUAAGGCUUGGAACAUCACGCAAGCGGCUAAUAUAAUCAAAGAAGAAGAGAAAGUCCACUGGAUCGGCCUGACUGAUGCUGUUACUGAAGGAACCUGGCUCUGGGUGGACGGCACUCCUCUCAUUGGCAAUGUCAAAGCAAAAUUCUGGGGCAGUAAGAUUUAUAAUGGUGUUGAUUAUGGUAAAGAGCCUGAUAACUAUACUGGAGUGGACCCGUCUGGGGAAGAUUGUGCACAACUACAUCCAAAGAGGAAUUCCAAUGAGACCUGGUUUGAUGCCUCGUGCACAAAACAAUAUAAAAGGAUUUGUGAAACUAAGACAGUGAUUGCCUAAUAAGAGGAUUAUCAGGACAAUAGGAAGUUAGGGUUGCUGAAGCACAGAGAAAGAUUAGAAAGAAUAGAAGAAGCUCAGUUCAGAUAGACAAGCAUGCAGGUCAUCCCCCAACAUUACCAUAUUAACCGUUUGAUUCCCACAUUAUGAAAAAGCACAGAUAACAAUGAGCUGGUGGUUAUUUGUAUUUAAUGUAGUCUGGCCUUGAGAACAGAAUUGCAUUGUUGUUCAGAAACAAAACUGAAACAUAAGAAUCUCAAAAUGUGAAAGUGCAUCUGAGACAUAAAACUUACCUCAGGUAGUUUAGCAAUGUGAUCAGAAUUUCAGUAUUUAUUUAAAACCACUGCACACAUGCACCGAAGUGACUCGCUAACCCUGAUCUCUUGUAAAAUAUAUAAAUAUUGGAUUCACCCAAAUAUAAUGUGAAAGUUCUCUAGGAGGCUAGAAACAGUUAUCAUGUUCACCAUGUAGAGUGGGACACACAGAAAGACACGAUGAGUGCAGAAAGCUCCACAUCUUGCAUGAGGACCCUAACAACAAGAUUGGAAGCCCUGUUCACACUUGUAUCGGUAGGAUACUAGUACAGUUUGUUUCAUUAUAAAAUAUACUGGUACGAAUCCACUUUCUCUCCUAACUCAUUUUCCAAUACUGGUACAGAAUCGAUACAGCUGCGAUAUACCUGUCCACAUUCAUGUAUGUUUAAAUCAACAGUGUUCAGGUUCUGGACUUGUUUCCAUGAUGACCUCUGUCACAUCUGUUAGUGGUGUUUUAGAGUGGUACUGCUCUUCAGUACCCUUUACCUCAUAGUCAUACUCACUUAUUUUGUAGGAGAUUAUUUUGUCACUUAUUUUGGCAUUUUUGGUGCAGCUCAUGAUACGGGUAUUGCUCACCGUAAAAUGUAAAGCUGUUUAAAGUAUUUAAACUUUAAAGCAAGACAUGUGUGUGCUUCAGAAUAUUAACUUACCUGUAUCGAUACCGUGUCGGUUUACCUUUCCACACUUAAGCUGUUCCGAGUCCUAACGAAACAGUACCGGUACGAAACCUCUUUUGUGAGUUUCGUAACGAUACAGUUACAUCGAUACGACAACAAUAAAAACUCCAGUCUGGACAGAUGUUUCAGUAUGGUUCCGCAACGAAUAAAAAUGGUAUAAAAAUGCUAGUGUGAACAGAGCAAAAGGCUUAAUCGUAAUGAUGGGUAGAUUCAACUUGAUUCCUCACAGGGAGGGGCCAGCCCUACCUAACUGAUAGAAGCACACCCCCACAGACAGUCUGAAUCAGCACAUUGAUAAAAGCACCAGCUGAAACGAUGGUCUACUUGACUACUCCCACUGUCUAAAUAACACACAAACAAGAUUGUACAUGGCAGCCAUGAGGAUUCAAUACAUGUUGAUUGCACAUCAUUUAGGUCUCCAUGAUUGCCUAUUGAAGUCAGGGAUGAAAACUUCUGAAGUAAAAACCAUAUUCAGAAACAACCGGUGUGUGUGUGUUAGUGCUCACAGAUUGCAGUGUCAAACUGAACAAGAUUAUGAGAUCUGGAUUUCAAUGUAAUGUCUUACUAGUGCAAUAUUCUUCAGCAGUUUGA